AUGUUAAUUUUUAUACUCAUCUCAACUCAAUCUCUACUUCACACGCCAAUGUACUUCUUAUUGGUGAACCUUUCCUUUGUAGACAUUUGUUUAACCUCUAUCACCAUCCCUCGCGUUCUUUCUAGCCUCCUCUCCCAGGAUUUGUCCAUCUCUUUUCAUGGCUGUUUUGCUCAACUCUGCCUUUUCCAUAUGGUGGGUAACAUGGAUAGUUUUUUGCUGGCCAUCAUGGCCUUAGACAGAUAUGCUGCCAUUUGUCGACCGUUGCAUUACACAAACAUCAUGAGCAAGAGGGCAUGCAUCACCCUGCUGAUGUUCUCAUGGAUUAUAGUGAGCCUUCACUCAACUCUUUUUACCACCACAACCUUAACUCUUUCCUACUGUGGUCGGGUAAUCCAUCACUACUUCUGUGAUGUCCCAGCUAUGCUCUUACUUUCCUGCACAGAUACCUCUCAUCAGCAAUUGGUCCUCUUCUUCUCAGCCUCACUAAUUGUCACGUCACCCAUGUUGUUCAUCCUGUGCUCCUAUGUUCUCAUCAUUAGAGCUGUGCUGAAUCUGCAUACCUCCAAAGGACGCCAACGAACCUUCUCUACGUGUUCCUCCCACUUGACUGUCGUCAUCUUCUUCUACACCUCAAUUAUUUUCAUGUACUUUCGCCCAAGUUCCCUCUUUUCUCCAGCCUACGAUCGAGUCAUAAGCGUGGUUUACAGCGUCAUAGCACCAAUGCUCAACCCAUUUAUAUAUACCUUGAGGAACAAGGAAGUAAAAAAUGCUGUAAAGAAGUUAAUACAACACAGUCUGAAAAAUCAUCAGAAACUGAUGUAA